AGGGGCUUUCUUCUUCGUGCUCUCUCAAUCAUGGCCUCGUCUUAUUUUCUUCGAUGUUGCCUGCAACUUUACUUAAUCUUACCCUUCUUCUUCUCACAUGUCCAAGCAAUGAAAACACCAUUUCACCCUCGAGAUGUUCUCCCUCUAUUGCCGAGACAGGUUUCAUGGCCGAUCCUCAACUCACUCAACAACGCCGCCGACCUUUUGCCAAGCUUUGUCGGCUCCGUUUCGUCCCAAAACCACAUCGUGAGCUGGAAAGGUACGUGCUUUUAUGAGAACACGGCUUGGAUGGAGUUCCAUAACAAGAGUGGCAGUGACUUCGGUGGUGGAACUCUCCAUAUCAAGGUUAGCAGAGCCCAUAGCUGGACUUGUAUGGAUCUUUAUGUAUUUGCAACUCCGUACCGUGUAACAUGGGAUUAUUAUUUUCGAUCUCGGGAGCAUACAUUCGAAAUCAAGGACUGGGAAGAGAGAGCUGAGUAUGAAUACGUGAAAAACAAGGGAAUUUCUAUUUUCAUGAUGCAAGCAGGGAUGCUUGGAACACUUCAGGCUCUAUGGGAUGUCUUCCCUUUGUUUACUAACACACAAUGGGGUGAGAAUGCCAAUCUCCAGUUUCUCGAGAAACACAUGGGGGCUACAUUCGAACCACGACUUCUGCCUUGGAACUCAAACAUUAGUGUCGACGAUAUACACUCGGGAGAUUUCAUGGUACUAUCGAAAAUUCGUGGGCGAUGGGGUGGUUUCGAGACUCUUGAGAAGUGGGUUACUGGAUCAUAUGCAGGUCACAGUGCUGUUUUCUUAAAGGAUUCUGAGGGGAAGCUAUGGGUUGGUGAAUCAGGACAUGAAAAUGAGAAGGGAGAAGAUAUCAUUGCCAUUAAUCCAUGGGAAGAAUGGUGGAAUUUCGUGCUGAACAAGGAUGAGUCUAAUCCCCAUAUUGCAUUGCUUCCUUUGCAUCCUGAUGUUCGAGCCAAGUUUAACGAGACCGCAGCUUGGGAGUAUGCACUAAGCAUGGAAGGCAGACCAUAUGGCUAUCAUAACGUGCUAUUCAGCUGGAUAGACACCAUAGAUGGGAAUUAUCCUCCUCCAUUGGAUGCUCACCUGGUAGCUUCUGCCAUGACAGUUUGGAGUCAAAUGCAGCCUGAAUAUGCUGCUAACUUGUGGAAUGAGGGAUUAAACAAGCGGCUUGGAACUCAGGGUCUUAAUCUUUCUGAUAUACUGGUGGAAACCGAAAAGCGCGGACCAUCAUUUGAUCGAUUGCUGACCAUUCCUGAACAAGAUGAUUGGAUAUAUAGUGAUGGGAAGUCAACCUCGUGCAUUGCUUUUAUCCUCGAAAUGUACAAGGAGGCCGGACUUUUUUAUCCUAUUGCUGAUUCUAUUCAAGUCACUGAUUUCACGAUCAAAGAUGCCUAUACUCUAAAGUUUUUCGAGAAUGAUUCAAGCAGAUUGCCAAAGUGGUGCAAUGAUGCAGAUGACGUAAAACUUCCCUAUUGUCAGAUUCUGGGGAAGUAUCGGAUGGAACUACCAGGAUUUAAUUCUCUGGACUCGUACCCGCAUAUGAAUGAACGGUGUCCUUCUAAGCCACCAAAGUACUUCAGGCCAAAAAACUGCUAGACAUUGGUCAACCACUGCUUUUAGUUCAUCUAAUGUACUUCGAGUUGAUGGUACGCAAGAUGCCACAAGAAGUUCGGUAUCAGUAUCGGUCAUAAAUAUUGUGAUCGGACUAGGAGUUGAGAUUUCAGAAAUUGAUGCUGAUAGAACUAUGAAAGUCAUUUUUUCUGUCAAAUAAAUUAGUUCUAUGUAUGGAGCUGUAAUGUCUGCUUGUUUAGUGACAUGCUUUUGAUUCGAGUAUUUGCGGAAAACCAAUCGGAACAUAAUCCGGAAUCAUUUUCAGUAAUGAAGCAA